GAGAGGCACCACUGACUCAGGCAGCCACAAUGAACUCCCAAUUUGUCGGGGUCCUGCUCACCACCCUGCUGGGGACUGCCAUGGGAAACCGCAUGCGGUGCUAUGACUGUGGGGGAUGCCCCAGCAGCUCCUGCAAAGAGACUGUGACCAUUUGUGGUGAGGGUGAACACUGUGGCUUCGUGGAGCACAGACCCCAACCAGGCCCAGGACAGAUCAAGAUAUCUGGGAACCCCUCAGUGACCUUGAUUCAUCACCAUCCAGCCUGUGUGGCAGCCCAUCAUUGCAAUCAAGUGGAAACAGAGUCAGUGGGAGACGUGACUUACACAGCCCACAGGGAUUGCUGCCUCAGAGACCUGUGCAACGGCGCGGUGGCGAGCACGGUGGUCCCCGUGUGCAUCUUGGCUGCAGCAGCCACUGCCCUGGCCUGGCUCUUUCCAGGACUGUGGGGAGGGUAG